UAUCGAUUCUACGGAGACGAAUAAUCGGGUGUGGCCUAAAAAACGCGAGAGAAUGGUUUGUAAUUCUCCUGUGAUUGAAUUGUAUUCAAAUGCUCGUUUACGUUGAACAACAGAUUUUAUAGAUUUCUGGUAAGUCAAGACACACGUCAAUUCCUAUGUAGUCUCUACUGUAUCUAUUAAAUCCUCCGAUAGUCGCCAUAUGAAAACGUUACCUUAAAAGAACAUCAUGUCGUCUUUCAUAAAUACGUUGUGCCACCGCGUAUGUAGGACAAAAGCAUCUGUAGCAGCAGAUCCUAUGGAAACCCAACUUAGAAGAUGCCUUUCAACUUUCGAUAUUACUUUAUUAGCAAUUGGUCACAUGGUUGGAUCGGGUAUUUAUGUCUUGACAGCUUCAGUGUCACAUAAAAUGGCCGGACCUGGUAUAGUGGUAUCUUUCAUUAUCAGCGGUAUAGCAUCAUUAUUGGCUGCGUUAUGUUAUGCCGAAUUAGGAGUUCGAUAUCCAAGAGCCGGAUCAGCCUAUUCUUAUACAUAUUUGGCAGUAGGAGAAUUUUGGGCCUUCAUAGUAGGAUGGAAUGUUUCUUUGGAAAAUAUCAUAGGCCUGGCUGCAGUUUCACGUGCCUGUAGCGCUUAUAUCGAUUCAUUAUUAGGAGGAAUUAUUAAAAAUGGCACCAUUGGUUUAGUUGGUACCAACCACUCGGGUUUUUUGGCUGAAAGUUUCGAUUUUCUGUCACCUGCUAUAUUAGUCGUCUUCGUGGUGUUUCUUUCUUUUGGUGCUAAACUGACUUCAUACAUCAACAACUUUUUCUCAAUGAUUAAUAUGGGAGUAAUUUUAGUCAUCAUAUGUGUAGGUGCUUACUUCUCGGAUAUUAAAAACUGGACUAAUAAAGAAACUGGAGGUUUUUUACCUUUUGGAUGGGAAGGAGUGUUUGCUGGUUCUGCCUCUUGCUUUUAUGCUUUUGUGGGUUUUGACGCCAUUGCUACAGCUGGUGAAGAAGCUAGAGAACCUCAGAAAUCUAUCCCGAUUGCAACAUUUUUGGCCAUGGGUAUUGCUACUGUUGCUUAUGUUGGUGUUUCAUCCGUACUUACUUUAAUGAUUUCUUAUAAAGAUAUUACCAGUGAUGCAGGUCUUGCAGAUGCUUUCGCCGUACAUAACGUUCCAUGGGUAAAGAUAAUUGUUAUUGUUGGUGCUUUAUGUGGAAUGGCCACGGGUUUAAUCGGAGGACUGUUUGCUUUAACUAGAGUAGUAUAUAGCAUGGCCGAAGACGGACUUCUCUUUAAAUUUUUCUCAAGAGUAAGUAAAAACACGCAAAUACCUCUUGUGGCUAUGUAUGUAUUUUCGUUUCUAUCCGCCAUGCUUUCCAUGCUGUUAGACAUCAAUACACUAGUUGAACUAUUGUCUAUUGGAACUCUAAUGGCCUAUUUGGUUGUAAGUGCUUCCGUUUUGAUUCUGAGAUAUCAACCAAGGAAACUUAUUGGAAUUUAUAGUAACGAAAGUCAAGAACUGUAUUCAAUGGGUGGUGGUUCUAGUACACCUGGAUCCGAAGAAAAAUUAUCGCCAAUUGAUGAAUGUGGUGGACAAUUGAAAGACAGAUAUUUUUUUCUUAGCCGAUUUUUCUGUUUUGGAUUGGAACCUGGAACAAUGGUUAAUAUAUGCGUUGUGUCUUUGGUGGCUCUUUUUUUGAUAUUAGGAGGUUUAAUUAAAGGUCUACCAACUCAAAUUGCAGCGAAAGAGUGGUGGGUUAUAUUAAUAAUGGUGGUGUUAUCGUUAAUGAUUAUAAUUGUAUUCUUCACUAUUGUAAUACAUGAGCAGAGUUCCAUGCCUCUUAAAUAUAAGGUUCCUUUUGUGCCAUUAUUACCUGUUUUAAGUAUUCUAUGUAAUGCAUUUUUGAUGACCAAUUUACAACCUCUCACCUGGGUCAGAUUAUUAGUAUGGGUGGCGAUAGGUUUAAUUCUAUAUUUUUCUUAUGGUAUGAGGCAUAGCAAACUUAACACGCUCAUACCAACUUCAAAUUCUUCUUUACUGCAACCUGGAACCAAUAUUACAGCGUAUAGUGCUGGACAAUCUACAGACUCUAGUUAUGGAACACCCGCAACAAGUGCUCGACCCUCAAUUGAAAAACUGGACGAAGAAAUCAAGUCACAUAAUUAAAAGUCACAACUUCGAGUUUAUAAACUUUGUGACAAAUUUAUACGAUUUUAUUCAUCUGUAAGUCCAUAAUAUUUUCUAUACCUCAGUUGUAGAUGUAAGUUAUUUAUCUAUAAAAAUCAUUAUCAAGAGUAUAGUUUGUUAACCAGGAAGACAUUUAAUACUAUCAAUAUAUGCUAUAUAUAUAUAUAUAUAAGUAUUCAGAUAUAAAAUCCUUUUAUGCAGUUUGUUAUUCUGAUAAAGAAAUAAAACUUCAUUAACCGGUUUGGUACCUAAAGGAGUGAGCGCGAUAUGGUACUAAACUUUGUUGUAAUAUCUGGUAACUUUAUUGUGAUAGUUAAUAUUCGGAUGAAAAUCAAUUUAUAUACAAUUUAUAAGGUAAACUAUUAAUAAAUAUAAUAACUUCGAGAGAUGAAACAAGGUAUAAAAUGUAAAACCACGUACGAGGGCGAUUCGACGUCUGUCUAGAAUUUCAGUAAAGCAAUGGAGAUGUAUGUAUUACAUAGUUCCAAUUUAUGUUUUCUUUAGAUACUCCCCAACGAACUAGAAUAUACUACAUAGAGUAGCUGUGACCAUGGUUACAGAGCUCUUGGUGAGUACUAUCGACCGCCAUUUUACUUUCAGUCAAAACAUCGAAGUUUGUACCACGUGUUUCGCAGGAUUGUCACUUUAGAAUCUAUUUUUCUCAUUUAAAUUUAGAUUGAUUUGAUAUUUUGAGAUUUAGGCAAUUAGAUAAGUGAUAUAAAUCUAGAUUAUUUCAUCUCGAAUUUAGCUAUUUUCUAGAUUUAUUUAAUUAUUAUAAAGAAGGUAAGAUUGGUUUUUAAAGUGGUAAGUGUAGUUCCUAACCCUCAAUAUAACAAUAUUUUUAUAAUUUAAGUACGAGCCAAGCCUUGUAGGGCUUUAAUCUCAGCCAUAUCAUUGUUUACUUAUACACUAUAAGACUGAUACACUAUAAUUUAUAGUGUAUCAUUUAUACUAUAGUCACUAUAGUGUAUAAUUUAUAGUGUUCAGACUGACCUGAUACACUAUAAAUACUCAGUACGUUGUUGAUUUUUUCGGACAAUGUUUUUUUCUUUUGCAGAAUAUAAGUACAGUAGACCCCCUAUAACACUUAGAUACGUUCCACGCUAAUCGAAUUUUACGUUGUAGGAAUGAUUAAAUACAUGAGCCAAUCGCA